ACCUCCAAAACUGUUUAGGAAAAAGACUGCCUAUACUCAACAAAUAAACAAAAGAAUCAGAGGAAGAGAGGCGUGAAUCACCGCACCAUCACAAUGCCGAUCUCUGCCACCAUUAACACCACCGCACCACCGCUGCGCUUUCUCUCUCUCCACCACCACCACCACCACCACCACCACCGCGCUUCCUCCUCCGCUAUACCAUUUCCCCUCCCCACCACCAAAACCCCUCUCCUUUCAAUCUCAAUAACCAUAACCCCCACACGCCAGCGUGCCGCAUUUUUACCAUUUUCCACCAAUUCAUCUGUCACUAACGCCGACAUUAUCACCGACAUCUCUAGCGGCGGCGGAAAUGGAGGAAUCGUAGGAGGCAGCAAUAGCGGAGGUGGCGGUGGAGGUGGAGAUGAGAAUGGAAAUAACUGGAAUGAUGAUAGUAACAAGAAGAAGAAUAGAGAUGAAGCUCUGAUAGCGUUGGCAGAGGUCGGGAAGGGUCUGGAGAACUUGCCCAAGGACUUGAAGGCCGCCGUAGAAGACGGUAGAAUUCCUGGAUCCAUCGUGAUUCGAUACUUCGAACUUGAAAAAUCUGGUUUGAUUUCUUGGUUGAUGAAAUUUGGUGGAUUCAAGGAGCGGUUGUUGGCUGAUGAUCUCUUCUUGGCUAAAGUUGCCAUGGAGUGUGGUGUUGGAGUUUUCACCAAGACUGCUGCAGAAUAUGAGCGUCGCAAAGAGAACUUUUUCAAUGAGCUAGAAAUUGUUUUUGCUGAUGUGGUGAUGGCUAUAAUUGCAGAUUUUAUGCUUGUUUACCUUCCGGCUCCUACUGUUUCUCUCCGACCUCCUAUUGCAGUGAAUGCUGGAAGAAUCGCCAAGUUCUUUCACAACUGUCCAGAUAAUGCAUUUCAGGUUGCUUUGCCCGGUAUCUCCUAUUCGUUGUUGCAGAGAUUGGGUGCAAUAGUGCGCAAUGGGGCAAAGCUAUUUGCUGUUGGGACCACUUCAUCUUUGGUGGGCACGAUUGUAACAAAUACACUCAUAAAUGCUCGAAAGGCUGCGGAUCACUCAGCCGCAGGCGGGGUGGAAAAUGUUCCUGUACUAUCAACAAGUGUUGCAUAUGGUGUCUAUAUGGCAGUAUCCAGCAAUCUUCGAUACCAAGUGUUGGCUGGUGUCAUUGAGCAACGAAUUUUAGAGCCUUUGCUGCACGAACACAAGUUAUUCUUGAGUGCAAUUUGCUUUGCUGUGAGAACUGGCAACACAUUUUUGGGUUCAUUACUGUGGGUCGACUAUGCUCGUUGGAUAGGAAUUCAAAAGGUUCAAGAUGUAGAAUCAUAAGGUCCACAAUGAACGUAAGUUUGCCUAUUUGUUGACAUCUCGUAGAAGUAGAGAUUGAUUAUAUUUCGGUUUU